AUGUGUAAAACACCAAUGUCGUAUAAAACUACAGUUUCAAAUUUAAAAAAACAUUUAAUAAAAAGACAUCCUAUGGUGCAAUUAGUCCACGAAAAUGUAGACAGAACAAAUGACCCGCCGUUCAAUGAUAAUGUUCCAGCAGAAAGCACUUCUACAAUAGAAGUUGUACCCGCCAAAUUAACGACCACUCCAUCACAAGUUGAUUUGGAAGCUUUGGCCAGUAUUGCCACUACUUCCAGAAGCCAUAGUAAUAUGAACGAAGAAGAAAUGGAGAAGAUGCUUCUCCAAUAUGAAUUCAUGGCCUUAAGGCCAGGUUAA